AUGGCGAAUUCACCUCUCUAUUCUCCUAUGAACCCACAUUUCUUCCAACCGCUUCUUCCCGGAUUCACCAACUACCUCGACAUUCCUGAGGCUUUCUUGUUGAAUCACUUAGAAGGAAGUAACGAUGGAAAAACCGCUGAGCUGAGAUCAGACGCAUCGGAGGUCACAUUUAAAGUGAAGAUUGACUGUCAGAGACUCUCUGACGGUUGGGAAGAUUUCGCCUUGGCACAUGAUCUCCGAAUCGGUGAUCUUGUCGUUUUCAGACACGAAGGAGAGUUAGUGUUCCAUGUCACAGCUUUUGGACCAAGCUGUUGUGAGAUUCAAUAUGGAGAAGAUAGCCAUGAUGAAGAGGAGCUUUGUGACACAGAGAAAGAGACAGAAGCAGAAUCUUCAUCAGACCAAUCUUGCUUUGUGACCACUGUCACAGCUUCGAAUCUAAAGCGUGAUACAGUGUAUCUUCCGAAAGCGUUCGCAGUGUCAAAUGGUCUGAUAAAGAAGUUUCAGAUUGAUUUAGUGAAUGAAAAGAGAGAAUCAUGGACUAUAUACCUGAGACAUGAGGCAUAUUCAGGGAGGUUUUAUAUGAGAGGAGGCUGGAGAAGUUUCUGUGUCGCUAAUGAGAAGAAACCUAGAGACUUGCUCAAUUUCAAAUUGGUCAAAAAUGAGGAAGUACCUGUGCUUCAAUUGUUCCCUUUGAAUCUGCAAGAACUUGAGCCUAUCAAUGACACUGAAAAAGAGUUUCUUGGAGAAGAAACUAACACAAGAAGCCAAAACCGAUUUGACACUGAAAAAGAGUUUCUUGGCGAAGAAACUAACUCAAGAAGCCAAAACCGAUUUGUGACAUUAACACUUACUCCUAAAAGUUUUGGAACUCGUAGACUUAAUCUUCCAUUGGAAUUCACGGAGGGGAAUGGAAUCAACAAAGCAGGGAAGAUAAUAAUGAUUGACCGAUACGGUGCAAAAUGGUCGACGUCACUACUGAUGGAUAAGAAGAACAAAGGAGGAUCAAUGAGUUUAGGAAAAAACUGGAAAGGUUUCUGUGAGUUAACACGUGCCAUUUACUGGCUACAUUCAUCUUCUCCACUCACACGUGUACUUCCUUUGAAGAAACGCCAUCGUUUGGCCUGCAAUCGGAAGUUUUGCUCUGUCCGGAUCUUCGCCGGGAAGGAAGGAAGCUUCUCUCCUCUUAUCGAUUUGCGAAGAAGCGAUCUGUGUAGAAAGCCGGUUCCUGUAGAUUUAUUCUCGAAGCAUCAUCAACAAGGAAGAAGCGUGGAGAAGAAGAUAUUAGAGGCUAGAGAGAUGGUGUUUCAUAGCUCAGGUUUAGGACCCAAUUGCUGUGACAUUCAAGACAUACCCAGCAACAAUGAUCAGACCAUGAUCGGUUACGUUUCGGGGGAGAAGCGUCCACAUCUAAAAACAGAAGAAGGUGAUGAUCAGGACAACACAGUGCUUGCGAGAGAGAAAAAGAUGAGGGAGGACAAUUUAGAAGCAGAAGCUGAUUCUCCUUCGCCAGACAACUCUUGUUUUGUUGCCUCUGUUACGGCUUCGAAUCUAGAAGAAGAUUCUCUGUGUCUUUCAAAAGAUUUCACAAGCUCAAAUGGUCUUAAAAGAAAAUGCCGCAAGAUUGUUUUAACGGAUGAAGGGGAAAGAUCAUGGGCACUGGAUCUGAGGUUCAACAAAACAUCUGAAACUUUUUACAUAACCCGAGGCUGGAAAAAUUUCUGUGACGAGAACGGCAAAGCAGCAGGAAGCUUCUUUAAGUUCAAACUAAUGAUAAACGGGGAAACACCUUCUCUCAGUGUCUGCCCCGAAGAAGAAUCUGUCAAUGAUGGAACACAAGGAGAAAAGAACACUCGUCAGAGAUGCAGAGAAUCAACUUCACCAAACCAGAACCGGUUUGUGACUUUAACACUCACAAAUGACAGCCUCAAAAACAGUAGACUGUAUCUUCCAUUGUCAUUCUUGAAAGAAAAUGGAAUGGACGAACCGGGGAUGGUCACUCUGUUGGGAAAAGACGGUACAAGGAGGCUAGCGAAUCUCUUACGUGAGAGCUCAGGAAGAAUGAGUUUGGGAAAAGGCUUGAAAGAUUUCACCAGAGCAAACGGAUUAAAGAUGGGCGAAUCCUUCACGUUGGAGUUAAUCUGGGAAAACACAACUCCUGUGCUCAGUUUGCUCAGUACGGAACUAAGAAGCCAGAACCGGUUUGUGACGUUAACCCUUACACAGGACAGCUACAAAAACAGUCGACUGGGUCUACCAUUGCCGUUCAUGAGAGAGAACCGCAUGAACGAGCCUGGAACGAUAGCUCUGUUGGGAAAAGAUGGUACAAAGUGGACAGCGAAUCUCCUACGAGAGAGCCACGGAAGAAUGAGUCUGGGAAAAGGUUGGAAAUGUUUUGCUAAAGCAAACGGGUUAGAGAUUGGUGACUCAUUCACGCUGGAGUCGAUUUGGGAAGAUGCAACUCCUAUGCUGAGUUUGUCCAGUACACAGUCCAAAAGCGAUAGAAGACAACAAGGAGAGGAUUGUUCAAAUGCUAGCGAGAAAGAGUCUGUUUCCAAAGAACCGAGCAAUGGAUACGAAACCAAGGAAGAAGAGAACAACGUUAGAGGAGAGGAGUAA